UGUGACAUUUCCUCGUAACGCUUAUUAAAAGACGGGAGACCUGUCAGCACCUGUUGUCCUCGGACGUCUCACAGAAAAGGAACAUGGCUGACGUUGGUGCUGAUGGUGAUGUGCAGAGUGGUGAGGACUCCCUGGACGCCCGACCAUCCUUUUUUAAAAGGCGCAGUGCAGCAAAUGGUAAAAAUGAAGAGGAAACGGACUCGGCUCCCAGCAGCAAGAGCAGCAUCUCAGUAGGCGCCGACCCGUUCCGCUACAACAUGGAUUACCCCAGCAUCGGAACCUGUUUGAUCAUCAACAAUAAGAACUUCCACAAAAGCACCGGCAUGAACACUCGUAACGGGACAGAUGUGGAUGCUGCUCUUGUUGCCAAGACCUUCAAGUCUAUGGGUUACGACGUCAGAGUGGUUACUGACCGGAGUGUGUCUGAGAUGAAACAACUGAUGUUAGCUGUAUCCAAGGAGGACCACAGUCGGAGGGCGUCGUUUGUGUGUGUGCUGCUGAGUCACGGCGACGAGGGGGUGAUUUACGGCACCGACGGCUGUGAGAAGUUUGACACCCUGGUGAACUGCCUGAAAGGACACCGCUGUAGUACUCUGGUGGGGAAACCCAAACUCUUCUUCAUACAGGCGUGUCGCGGUACAGACCUGGAUGAAGGAGCGUUGGUCGAGACCGACAGUGUCGCAGAGCAAACGUCAGAGAAGAUUCCCGUGGAAGCAGACUUCCUGUAUGCCUACUCCACUGCUCCAGGCUACUACUCGUGGAGGAACACCGCCAACGGCUCCUGGUUCAUGCAGUCGCUGUGUGAAGUGCUGCAGCAGUACGGCAGCAAGCUGGAGCUGAUGCAGCUCAUGACCCGAGUCAACCACAAAGUGGCGAUGAACUUUGAAUCUGCCUCAGAGCUGCCUGGCUUCAGUGGCAAGAAGCAGAUCCCCUGCAUCGUCUCCAUGUUGACCAAAGAUUUUUACUUUCCUUGCUAGAUUCUCAAUCAGAAUUUAUCUACCUGUGGAAAACUGAGUGAGAAGAGUGAGUGUCGCCAGUUUCAGAUGCAUGUAUUUGUCUGUUCUCUGGUCACGUGCCAAAGUAAUUUUAAUGACUAUAAGAAGCACUUGAACGCAUCAUCAGCAUUUGGAUAAAAGGGAACAAUUUUCAGGGUG